AUGGCGCCUCGGAAAAGAGGUGGAUCCGCCGCAGAGGCCACCGCCACUCGGGCAAGUGCCAAGGCCCGUACGGCUGCGCCAUCCACAUGGCCUACCGCUACCUCAGACUCCAUUGAAGAUCUGUUCAACACGACAGACGAAGAUGGCCCCGAUCCCACGGCCAAGGCCUCUGCAGUGCCACCCAAGGCAGCACCGAAGGUGGGACCUGCUGGCCCCCCGCCACCGACUCCGGUUAAUCUGCCAGGACCUGCUCCAGGAACACCCGCUGCGGCUUUUGGUGCCCUCCGAUCGGGCCCAGGGACGGAUGAUGUGCGCCGCGGACCUGCCACAGGACUCCCGACGACUACCACGACAACCUCAGGUGCAGUUGGCGCGACAUCUCCCUUUCCGGGCACCCUCAUCGUCACCGUGCCUCACAACCUGGCGUUUUCUGUCGAGAUUACGGUAGCAUGGCGGACCGUACGGCUGCCUCCUCCUGGGAGGCCAGCCGGCUCUCGGCAGGGCCCCGACUUCCUCCACCCCUCUGCCUGCAGUGCCUACAGGCUCUGCUCAGCCUGUUCCCUCGCCAAGCAUGUGGUCCCCUCCUUGGUUCGUGCUGUUUGCUGCAUCAGACUUCGCCUUGCCUUGGUGUUACAGGCCUGCCAGGCGAUGCGGAUUGAUUUUUCCCAAUACUGCCUAGGAUCGGUAGCUAUGGGAUGGGAUGCCAGACAGGGUCGAUGGAGGUAUAAGCCGGGACAGAAGGAGCGUCGAGCUGCCCGUGCCGAACGGGAGCGCAGGGAAGAGGAGGAUGAGGCCUGGGCAGUGGUUCAGCAACUGGCCAGUGACGAUCAGGCCCAGAUCAAGAUCCCCGUAUCUCCAUCCCAAGCCGAAGAAGAUGCCCAGGCUGCGGAGGAAACCAUGACUGCGAAGCAGCCCCAGACACCGCCGGCCACGACGGAACCCGAGGACGACAUGGUCACCGUGGUGGUGGAGGAUGAACCUUCUCUAGGCAUGUGGACGGCAGCCCCAAUCCCUGAUGCCGGCCCUACUCCAGCCUCGACCACAUCGCCACUCCCAGAAGAUACGGCACUAGUGGCGGAGCUUCAACCUGUUCGCAGGCGCCGACCCAGAACAAGCUGGCUCGCUAGGCCGUCUGGUGAUCGCCUCAAGUUUGGCCGGCGACUUCCGAUACCAAUGGGCAAACGCUCACCUUUCCGUGGCUGGUUCUACCGGCGUAUCGCCACGCAGCGGAAUGUGGAGACCGACCAGAAGGCAGGCAUCCGCAACUGGAGGGCUGGCAGGUAUAGCUGGGGACUCCACCGGCCCUGGUCCCAUAGCUGGCGACUGCUCUACCAGGACAUCAACCGCAUCCUUCUUUAUGCCCUCGAGGGCACGGCGCAGCCGCUGGCACGACUGGAGCGACUCUUCAUGGCCUACAGGUUAGUGCUGCCAAAGGAAAGAUGGCCUGAUGUCCUCACAGUCUGUGACAUGGUUUCACGUCAGAUCCAUCGUGCACCGAUCAUGGCUGGUCAAAACGCAAGUUGCGAGAUCCAACAGACCAACUGGCGACAAGGCGUCAGCAUCUUGCCGGCGUUUGCACACUUACCACUGCGACAGGUCUGCUUACGCCACUGGCAAGAGGCCACCGGCCCGGCACCCCUGGUGUCGCGAGACAUGUUGGCUCAUCUCACACACUUCAUGACCUGCAGGGCUGGCCACACGUACUCCUUCAACAGCAAGCGGACAGUGGACCACUUGGAGACCCCCUGCCUGGACCUCACUGCCGCAUCUGUGUCAAGUCGGGUCCUAUGUGGCCCGUGCUAUUCCGUCGCAGAGCACAACAGAAACGCUCCUACAAACGAGCCAUCCGUCGAGCAGCGGCCUCCAGUUCUGGAGGCACCCGCUACCGUGGUCUACCAAGAACUGCUCCUGUCUCUGGCUGCACUCGCACCAGACAGGCCCGUGGAGAGUCCUCAGCUCGCAUCGCAACGGCUACAAAGCCGUCUCCUUCAUGUCCGCUUGACUCAUAUGGCCUGGGCCCUUGACAUCCUGGCGCCGGUUUCCCAGAGCUCACCGCCACAAACAGCCGCCCAGGAGAUUUCAACACGCCACUUGCUGCCCAUCCGCGUGCAGGUCGCAUUGUUACCAAAUGGAACAGCCGCCUCCCUGCUGAUGCCCCCAGACUUGCCCGCAUCCUUGAUGACCAUGACCUCCUGCACCUCAACUCCUGGUCCCGGCGCGCGGGCCCAUCCCUUGGCACGGCAGACAGGCCGGGACCCUAUGACCGUAGCGGCCCCACCAGUGCGCCCACGCUCCUGGAGCAAGGAGGACCUAAUGCAGCUCCUCUCGGAACCGCAGUGUCCCCAAGCAAUACAGCUGAGACGAUCGGUGCAUCACGACAUCCAACACUGUCGGUCCGUUCAAGAAAUCAACGACUGCCUCACCUCUGCCCUGCAGCUCCACUUGCCACUGCGCGCUGGUAGCACGAGGCUAGCCCCUUGGCAGUCACCGGCUAUGCAAGGAGGUAUACGUGCCAUGUGGACCCACUAUCGACAGUGGCGUCAGGCGGCCAGCCGCCAAACCUCCACGAUUUGGAGGGCAUGGUUUCACUACGCCAAAUUCCAGAAGGCCCACAGAGAUUUUCGCCGUGCCGGCCGGCUUGCCAAACAUGCCUGGUACUCUGACAGGCUUCACGAGCUCGGCAUGCAUGCCCGUCGACAUAAUAUCCGUGCGCUCUAUCAGGGAGUCCGGCAGCUGGCACCCAAGAAACGGUAUACUCAGGUACAGCUUCGAGCCCCGGAUGGAGGACUUAUCUCUCCGGAGAAGCAGGCCCAACUGCUGUCAGCCCAUCUUCGCAGUAGCUACACUGGCCAAUUCUGCCAGCCUGAACGAGCUGAAACUAUGCCCAGUCUCCACAUGGACCCCACCGCGCUGUCCAGUGCGUUGGCAGGCCUCUCAGUGCAUAAGGCUGUUCCGGAGCAUCUGGCACCCAUAGCUGCCUGGCGACUCUGCUCGGAGGAGGUGAUGCCGAAAUUAUCUGAGCUCGUCAAUGACCUUACGACCAUUGAUGAACUAUGGCAUGCGGCCUGGCUCGCGCUCAUCCCUAAAGUCACGAGACCAACCCUUCCGAAGCACCUCAGGCCCAUAGGAGUCACGGAAGUCUCAGGUCGAAUUGUCUCCAAGAUCCUCCAAAAUCGACUAAGGCCAUUCGUUCUUGAAUAUUUGAAGGAUCUACCUCAAUUCGCUUAUGUUCCGGGCCGAGGCACUCUCGACUCGGUUCUUCGCGUGCAAGCACACUGUCAGGCUGUGAUUGAUUCCUGCAUGUCCGCGGAUUGGACAACUCGCGAGGCAAGAGCCGGUAUACCAAAGCCACCGGCCACCGCUGGAGGCCUGCAGCUAUCACUUGACCUAAGCUCAGCAUUCGACCACAUGGAAUGGAUACACAUAGCCACUGCACUUGAUGACGCCUCAGUACCCCUUGAACUCCAAGCCCACGUUUUGGAAUGGUAUCGCGAUAUCAAGUAUGUCCUUACUGUGCAAGGCCAGACUGUCGACAUCUCUGCUAGUCGAGGCCUGAAACAAGGUUGUCUUAUUGCUCCGCUCAUAUGGUCUCUUGUCACCGGUCGUUUCCUCUAUGAGCUUGCCCUCUGUGCAGAUCCUCUGUGGGUGACGACUGAUGUCACAACAUACGCUGAUGACUUCCACGCCGGGAGUCAGAUCAGUUCAUAUGCCGAGCUCUGUCGUCUUGAAGUACGCCUAGGUCAGCUUCUUGAUAUCCUCUGCGUUGCCGGCCUCACGGUGAAUGCCCAGAAAUCUGCGGUCCUCUUCCUCUUUCGGGGCACCUUCGCUUCCAAAUGGCUUAAGCAGCACCUGCGACCCACUCCUGACGGGCAAGUCAUGCGUCUACGUACUCCGACAGGUCGGCUGUUCGAGUUUCCAGUUGUGGAGGUUCACACUUAUUUAGGGGUCAGAAUAAGCUAUAAGAACCCGCGACUUGCCACCCUGCAGCAUCGUGUUCAGCUUGUACAAGCCGAAUGGUCCAGACUUCGGAAAGUGGUGUGCUCCAAACGAGGCCUCUUCCUUAAGGACCGGAUUAACAUUUGGCGAGCGAGCAUACCACCCAUGCUCACCUACGGACUGGCUGCCACGGGUUUACCAGCAGGUGGUCUCAGCCAACUUCGCACUCUGUAUCUUCGACAACUCCGUGCCAUCCUCAGAUCCCCGGCGCACCUCCAUCGUGUCAGCAACGAGGCAAUCCUUCGUAAGGCCGGUGUGCCUGACGUCGCUGAGAUUGUCGAGAGAGACCUGGCUCGCUUGCAGGCCAAUCUUCAGCAACUGCAGGUGGAAGACUCCUCUCUCCUUGCUCCCCAAGUGCUGCGCUUUGCUGAGGGCCUUCAGCUCUCACUAACUUCGCAACCGCCCCCGCGCGACCACGCGCCAGGUACGCGAGAGUGUGAACCAGAGGCCAUUCUGGAAUGCCGCUACUGUGGAGAGACCUUCUCAACUUACCACCUUCGGAGAGCCCAUGAGGCACAGCAUCGACGGUAUGCCUACAUGUAG